AUGGAACUGGUUGGGAACUUUGAGUACAACAGCAAGGACCUGAUAGGGCAUGGCGCGUUCGCGGUCGUCUUCAAAGGUCGCCACCGAGAGAAACAAUUCCCGGUCGCGAUUAAGAGCAUCACCAAGAAGAGCCUCGCCAAGUCGCAGUCGCUGCUCGGCAAGGAGAUCAAGAUCCUGCGGGAGCUGAGCGCUCUGCACCACGAAAAUGUCGUCACACUGCUCGCGUGCACCGAAAAGGACCACAACGUGUACCUGGUGAUGGAGUACUGCAACGGUGGCGAUUUGGCGGAUUACCUGGCCGUGAAGGGUACCCUCAGCGAGGACACGAUACGGCUCUUUUUGUGUCAAUUAGCGAGUGCAAUGAAGGCUCUGUACGCCGUUGGGGUGGUCCACCGGGAUUUGAAACCGCAGAACAUUUUGCUGUCCCACAGCUACGGCAAGAAUCUUCCAGCGCCAUCGAAAAUCACACUCAAAAUUGCCGAUUUCGGGUUUGCCCGAUUUCUCCAGGACGGAAAUAUGGCGGCCACCCUUUGCGGAUCUCCAAUGUACAUGGCCCCAGAGGUGAUCAUGUCGCUGCAGUACGACGCCAAGGCCGAUCUCUGGUCCCUCGGGACGAUCGUUUUCCAAUGCCUCACCGGCAAGGCACCAUUCCAGGCUCAGACACCCCAGGAACUGAAGAUGUUCUACGAGAAGAAUGCCAACCUGGCGCCAAAAAUUCCCCCCGGAACGUCCAAAGAGAUGACGGACCUGCUGAUGGGACUACUCCGGAGAAACGCCAAAGAACGGAUGAACUUUGAAAUGUUCUUCAACCAUUCGUUCCUGCAGCGACAGACUACGCCUCAGAAUAGUGAGGCCCCCCAGUCCUCCCAGGCGGCCACGGCCGGGCAGCCGUCCUCGGCAAAAGUCACUAGUCCACACCAGAGGACGGCCAUGUCGCCUCUGCAGCACCAGCAGCUACUUCUUCGUCAGCAGCAACAGCAGCAGCUACAUCACCAGCAGCAACAACAACAACUACAACACCAACAGCAGCAGCAGCAGCAACAACAACAGUUACAGCAAGAACAGCAAAAGCAGCAAACGUUGGAGAAUAAUAACGUGCCAGUGGAGAUCGACGACAGCGUGGCCACGCUCGCCAGCGCGAACAACACGUCCAACAGCAGUCAGGACAACUCGGAUGACUUUGUGCUAGUGCCCAGCAAUCUGCCGAUCGACCCAUGCAGCGGAAACUAUGAUAAGAGUAAACCAACUAGAGUGCCUCAAACUGGUUCGAACGCUCAGGCGAGUCCACCGAGACCCAGCUCCCUCCCGAUCUCGGAACCGAAGCCCGUCCCGUCGGCAGCUAGAAAGCUUUCACGGCCGCAAACUCAGACUCCACCAAAGAACAUCCCCAAUGCGAUACCUCGAUCUCAGCCGAUCAGCAUGAAGCGAUCCGAGCACCGGAACAGCAAUUGUGAUAUCAGCUCAAUCUCGCCGCCGGCCGUGCAGUUUGCCAUCGGAACGCCCCCGUCCGGUGGCCGCCGGAGAUCGACCUCGGGAGGAUCGCUGUCGGAGACGCCGCCGCCGCCAACGUGCUGGACGGUGUCGCCGGCCUCGCACCAGUCCCCGCUGCGCCGUUCCGGAACCAGCUCGCCAGUAUUAUCAAACGCCCUGUCCAAGUUGCCGGCGCUCGGCAGUCCCACGCUGAUGGGCGCCACGGACAAUAACAACACCCAUCCGCUGGGCACGCGGGCGUUCACGCUGCCGGAGAUGGGCGCCACCGGCGGUCUGCAGAGCUACCUGCACGACAACAACCUGGACGAUCACCCGAUCAACUUCCACGCGCCGGAGCUACCGGCCGAAACGCUGCUAGACCGCGAACAUAACGAGACGCUGGCCAAGCUCAACUUUGUGAUCGCCCUGACCGAUUGCAUCCUGGAGGUGGCCGACUCGCGGUGUGCCCCCCUGUCGGCGCUCAUGUCGGCCGAUGCUCAACCCAUUGCGCCGCACGCGCCCGAACACUGCAAACGGGCCGAGCGGCUGGUCCUGCUGGUACGAGCCCUGAACCUGCUCUCGUCCGGAAUGCACCUGGCAUCGUCCCAGCUGCAAAGCGGCCACCUGAAGCCCUCGAAUACGGUGAAGAAUGUUCUCUCGAUGAUGCACUCCCGGUACCGGUCCACGCUGUGCGAGUCGAAGAAACUGAACGGCACCGGGCUGCUGCAGCGGGCCGGGGCAAGCAAUAUCACCGCGGACAAGAUCCUGUACGAUCACGCGAUACAGAUGUGCCAAUCGGCCGCCCUGGACGAGCUGUUCGGCAACCCGGAGGACUGCUUCACCCGGUACCAGUCGGCGCAGAUCCUGCUCCACUCGCUGGCGCAAAAGUGCAGCCACCCCCAGGACAAGAUGCUACUCUCCAAAUACAAGGACGCCGUCGAGAAGCGGCUGUACAUCCUGCAGCAGCAGGGCUUCAUCUACGCGACGGACGAGCUGUCCUGAACCAGCGCGCUGCAGACGCUGCGGCGGCGCCUGUUCAAGAUCUUCUGACUAGACGGCACCGCGUCGUGGCUGAACGGACUGACGGCGAUGCAGCAGCAGCUGCUCUAGGGAAAAAAGGCGUAACCGUUUAAAACAUAUUUCGUUUGUUUUUUAUGUCUGUGAGAUUUAUUAUUUACAAACUAUUUAUUUUGGAUUUUGUGAUUUUACUUUUUUGUAUGAACAGGUUGGCGAUUGUUUUUUUCGGGGAAAUUUUGAACUGUGCUUUCCCCUCUAACAUUGAAAGAGCUGUAAAUAAAAUCAGACUAGCUUUUUUAUACAAUGAUAUUCGUAGAAAACAACAGCACUUUGGCCAAUAUCCAGUAUGAAUCGCUUCCGUUAACGAUAACGAUAACAAAAAGAGGAGAGUUGUUUAUGUAAAAUUACCCGUUUUAGACAAGGUUAAACUCUACAAUAGUGUAAAUAUCGCGCACGUGGCUUGGUUUUGCAGAGCGCGUUUGUACAUAAGUUGCGCGUUGGCUUCUGUAUGAUUCGCGCAGUUCCGCUAGGAGCGAAUGCUUUGUGCUUUCCAGAAACAAAAUAAAAAGUCGUUUAAGCAAAAUGUUAUCAACUCCCUCGCGAGGGGAAUCAUAAUCAUACAAACUAACCCCCGGUAGCAAUAUACACUGUGUAAAGUCGUUCACAAAAUCGGCAACGUUGUUUGAAGCAAAAUUAACGAAAAAAAGAUUAACAUUCAUACUUAGCGAAGUAGUUCAGGAUCGGCGACUUAGUUUAGUGUCUUUUUGAUUUGCUAAAAAUCAAAAUUAUGCACGGGGAAAGGUAGUUCCAAAUUCCCCAGAAAAAAAUAAUCGAAAAGCCAACCUUUUCAGCUUUCAAGUCCGACGUGUUCUGGAGACAUCCGAGCCGGGACACGGUUUUUAUACCGCGGCCAACACCUCUAGCAAUGCGCCCGUAUUGACGCAUUUGUACUCCCUCGUGCUGAAAAUGAAGACGGUUAUUAUUGUCUCAUCAGCAAGAGUACAGACAAUUUGGGCUACAGCUGAGUAAAUUUAUUUUUUCCUGUUUUUUAGACAACAAUUUUUAGCUUUGUUUGCUUUUCUUUUGAAACAACCUUUAAAGUUCUUCGUGAUGAAAAAAUAAUAAUUUCUCGAUAUUUUCGUUUUAAAAAAUCGUCCGAGCGACGCAACUUACCAACAUGAUAAAGAACGUAGUACCUAAGUACAAAAUAUAUCUAAAGAAGAACGAUUCCCCUGAAAUUAAUCUUCAGCAAAAAGAGUAAGAAAAACUGUGUCAACUGGAUGUCUGCAACUCGACACUUGAGGAUUAACCAACCUGUUCUCAAGUGUGGGUGUGAUUAAAAUCGACACCUUUCUCCCCUACCAAGAGGGGAGCAAGCAAAUCGCGACAGAGAAAUUGUAGAAUACAAAAAAAAAUAACCAGAGUGCAAUGUAGUAAACACGCAGCCGAAGAAGCAAGAUAGUGCGAUGAAUGAAUCGCGCUCGCGCGCGCGCACUAUCGGUUCAGUGACAAUGAACAAGAAGCAAAUCAUCCAAGAAAUGAUUGUGACUUAGAGAUGACGAAAAUCAAGCUGACGAAAGGCUAUCUUUGAGGACACAAUGAAUAAUAUAAUAAUACAACCACAACACACAUAUAUUAAAGGAAAAUCUAUAAACAGAACAAAAAAGCAGACAAACUCUUCGUCAAACUGUAAUAAAAAAUCAACAAAAUAA